AUGGGGAAGCUGCUCCAGCUCGAAAGGCUACCCACUGUACCGCACUGCCGCGUGCCUGUGGUAGCCUGCCAGAGCUACUGUGUCAAGGCAAGUGGUGUGAUUGGCCCAGGUCUGAGCUUCGAAGCUCGAGAUGGUCCAGGAUACGCCGGAACUGGUGGGACAACGGUGCAAACGCUAAGUAUUAGGUACUUCAAUUCAUGCUGCUACAAGGCAAGCUCGAUCAUCCCUGUCGACGCACGCGGGCAUGCAUCAAAGUUCUCCCACCUCCUCCCCGGUGCGCAGAUCGCCCUUCUUCCCUUGGAGAUAACAGGCUUGUCGCUGAAAGCCUACGACCCAAUUGCUGAUUGCAAACUACGAACAGCCCUGCCGCCAGACGUCAAGGGAAACAUUCUUCCCUUUCAUCCCGCCGCGGUGAUGCUUACACUCACGGCAAAGGCGGUCGCCCGCCGCACAGCGACCUCGUACCUGACCGGCUCCAGCAGUCUGACCACCAGAUUUUCGGCCCUGGCCAUUCGCCCAAUCGCUGUGCGCAGCUUCUCCGUCUACCGAUCGCCUCUCCUGGCCGCAACCCGCCGUCCCACAACAGCCAAGAAGACCACCACCGCCACCACUAAGAAGGCGACCACCAAGACCGCCGCCAAAAAGGCUGCUUCAGAGAAGCCCAAGAAGAAGGCCGCCAAGAAGCCUGCUGCUAAGAAGCCCGUCGCCAAGAAGAAGGUUGUCAGGAAGAAGAAGGAGCUCACCCCAGAGGAGGCCGAGAAGGCGGACAUCAAGAAGUGGAAGAAGCAAGCGCUGUGGAACCAGGAGCCAGCUGCCGGCAAUGGCAGCGGCUGGGCCAUCUACGUUGGCGAGCAGUUCACCGGCCAAAAGCUCGAUGACGGCGCCAACAUAACGGACAAAAUGCGCGACCUGCGCGACAAGUGGAAUGCGCUCUCUGAUUAUGAUAAGGAGCGAUACAAGUCCCAGGCCGAGGUUGAGGCAGUCCAGAGGAAGAAGCAGCGCAAGGAAUGGAUCGAGUCCCACUCGAUCGAGGAGAUUCACCUUGCGAACCAGGCCCGCCUCCUUCUGCAACGCAAGUACAAUAAGAAGGCCCCCAGACUCCAUGAUGAGAGAAAGGCCAAGCGACCAACGAGCGCCUUCGUCAGGUUCUUCGUGUCUUAUUUCAAUUCUCUCGACCCGGGAGCACCCAAGGCUGAGCCGAGAAAUCGGUUUGAAGGUGCCUCUGCGCGCUGGAAGGCCAUGAGCGACGAGGAGAAGGCUCCCUACGUGAAGGAGUAUCAAGAGGAGAUGAAGCGAUUCCAAGAGGAGAACGCGGGCUUCCAAGACAGGAUCGACGAGUUGAGGAAAUCUGCUUCCGCCAAAUAA